AUGAAGGUUGUUCUUGUGAGCGGCGGAGUUAUCUCUGGUGUAGGCAAAGCCAGUAGUGCUGGUCUUCUUCUCAAGACUCUCGGUCUUCGAGUCACGACCGAUCCUUAUAUCAACACCGACGCUGGUCUUCUUAACCCUCUCGAGCACGGCGAGUGCUUCGUUCUCGACGAUGGCGGCGAGACCGAUCUCGAUCUUGGAAACUACGAGCGAUACCUUGGCAUCCAAUUGAGCCGUGACAGCAACAUCACUACCGGCAAGAUCUACCAGCAGGUCAUUGAGAAGGAGCGACGCGGAGACUACUUGGGAAAGACAUUUGAGGUCGUUCCCCACAUCACAGAUGCCAUUCAGAACUGGAUUGAGCGCGUUGCCAAGAUUCCAGUUGACGCUUCUGGUGAAUCGCCAGAUGUCUGCAUCACCAUUAAGCAACUGCGACACAGACUCGGCCGCGACAACUUCCUCAGCAUCAGCGUUUCCUACGUCCCUAUCAUCAAUGGAGAGGAGAAGACAAAGCCCACUCAGCAUGCCAUCCGACAAGUUCGAAGCGCCGGUUUGAUCCCCGAUGUGAUUGCCUGCCGCUGCGAACGAGAACUCGACGUCGCUACCAUCACAAAGAUCGCCCGAAGCUGCCAAGUCGAAGAUGAGCAGGUCAUUGGCGUCCGCAACAUGGACACCAUCUACCAGGUCCCUCUCCUCCUCGAGCAGGAGGGUCUUCUUAAGCUUCUGCGCAAGGGUCUCGCCCUUGAGAAGCUUGAGGUUGCUCCUCCCAUGGCUCAAAAGGGCCAAGCUCUUUGGGACCUCUGGAAGAAGACCGUUGUCCCCGAUCGACACCUCGAACCCGUCAACAUUGUGUUGGUUGGCAAGUACGUCAGUCUUGACGACUCGUACCUCAGUGUUCACAAGGCACUCGAGCACUCUGCUAUGCGAUGCAAGCGCAAGCUGAACCUCAUCUCCGUCGAUUCCGAGCACCUCGAACCCGAUAUGCAGCAGAAGGACCCCCGAAAGUUCCACGAGGCCUGGGCUCAUGUUGUUCGAGCUCAGGGUAUCAUCGUUCCUGGUGGUUUCGGUACUCGAGGUAUCCGUGGUAUGGUUGAUGUCGCCAAAUGGGCUCGUGAGCGAAAGCUCCCCUACCUCGGCAUCUGCUUGGGUAUGCAGACUGCAGUCAUUGAGUACGCUCGCAACGUGAUGGGUCUCAAGGAUGCCACAUCCGAGGAGUUCUCCGCCACCGCUGAGCACAAGGUUGUCAUCUUCAUGCCCGAGGGCUCCAAGGAGAAAAUGGGUGGUACCAUGCGACUUGGUAGCCGAACAUCCCACUUCAAGCCCGGCACCGAAUGGAGCAAGCUCCGAGGUCUGUACGGAGGAGUCGAUGUCGUAGAGGAGCGUCACCGACAUCGCUAUGAGGUGAACCCCGACUACAUUGAGGAUCUCGAGAAGGCUGGUCUUUCCUUGACCUCAAUGGAUGACCUCGGUGUCCGCGUUGAGACCAUUGAGUUGAAGGACCAUCCCUUCUUUGUUGGUCUCCAGGCUCACCCUGAGUACAAGUCCAAGACCUUGGCCCCCGCGCCUUCGCUGCUCGGACUUGUCGCCGCCAGCUCUGGAUGCCUCGACGAGAUCAUCGAGGCCGCUCGCGUGAAGAAGGAGGCCACCAACGGAGUCAGCGAUGUGACCAACUUUUAG